AUGUUUCCUCUUCUACGUUCCGAUCACAGCAGAGAGCAGAAUGCACCAGUCCAUGCAAUUGUGAAAGAGAAAACUGGAGGUGAUGCUCCGCAGCUCGACUUGGGGAAGAAGGUCAGUGUCCCCCAGGAUCUGAUGAUGGAGGAGCUCUCCCUGCCGAUCAACAGGGGCUCCAGGCUGUACCAGCAGAGGCAGAAGAGGGUGCAGCGCUUUGUGCUGGAGCACCCCACAGGCUACAGAGCUGCCUUGAACAGGAUCUCUGGAGCAGGAGGAGAUUCCCAUGGGAUGCACAACGGGGAAGCGGCAGAAGGAUGGAUGUCUGUCCAUAAUGCAGAGAACAUCCAUGCGCAGCUGCAAGCGGCCGGCUUGGGAAAGGGGGCGCCCCCAAGAGUGCUGAAGAAAACAGAUAAAGUCUUGAGGAUGAGCAAAGCCCUGAAUCCCGAAUCACUUGCUCCAGGCUAUGCUGGACCCCUAAAGGAAGUCCCGCCAGAGAAGUUCAACAGAACAGCCAUCCCCAAAGGCUACCAGUCUCCGUGGCAGGAGUUCCUUAGCCACGAGGAUUACCAGAGAGACAGGGAGAAUGCUUUGCCUGAACCUGUCAGGAAAGUGGACACGAUCAGCCUCAGGAGCUUCAACAGGACUCCAACCCCAUUUGGUGGACUGUUACUGAAUGAUGUGUUCCUCGGGUUCCCUGACAUGGCUGAGGCUCAGACAGAUGCCAUGAACAGCCUGGAGAUCCUUUCAAGAAGGCCGAACUUUAACAGAGCACCCCGGGGCUGGAUACUGGUCAUGCCAGAAUCAGAGGAUCUGUAA